GAAAAGAGCUUAGUAAAGGCCAGACACCAAUAAUGGUGCCUGGGCAGUGACUCUCUUGCAGAAAGUGAAGGUGUUUUUUUUUCUGGUAGUUGCAAACUAGAAAGGUGCAUUUUAGAAUUCACACAGCAGUCGGUGGCUCUGUGCAGAAAGAUAGCUUUACAGGCCUAAAAUGAUUUGUUUUUAUAGAGUGGGGAUGUUUGCAGGAUAUUUGGAACCUCAGACUCCAUCAGAAUUUGACAUGUUUGUCCUUUAAGACAAAAACAUGGAGCAUAAAAUCAUAGAAUAUCUCAGGUUGGAAGGAUCCAAUAAGGAUCAUUGUGUCCAGUCCAUAUGGAGAUUUAUGGGAUGAGGGUGACUCUUUUUGCCCUUUUAAGUCUUUCUUUAAUAUGAGACAGAUACUUGACUUAGCAAUUAGAAUAAGUUACAUUUGGAGAUGCAGUAGGCUUUUCCCAGUCAUAUACUACGUUGAGAUCUCUUCCUGUUUGGUUUUGGUGGGUUUUCUUCAGAAUUAUUGAAUUAUUUUCCUUUGUUCUUUGUGCACAUAACCAACGCAGCUGUUAUUUUCUUCUUCCCUGCGUAACUCUUUCUACUUUACAAGAUGAAAGUGAAACCCUUUGGGUAUUAAGAUCUGUACUUUCCAAUGUUUAAAUUAUGUUCUUUUUUGGCCAAGAUAUCCAUAACUUAAUAACUUAAAUAGUAGCUCCUGAAGUAGGACGCAGUUCACACCUCAAACAUUAAUUAAUUUCUGAGCAAUGAGAACUAACAAAAUAAAUGUGUCUUGAUUUUCAGUAGAGCUUGAGGUCUGUUGUGUUCUGAAGCUUCCGCGUACACAAUUAUGUUCUAUAAUAUAACACUGUGAAUGUAUUCUGCUAGGUGAAGGCGGAGCUUAAAUGAAUGUUCUGGUUACUCAGUGUUCAGUGGCAUCAUGUUUUUGUUCUGCUUUGUUUUUUUCUUCCCCAAAGACUUUUAUUCUGUAGGGAAUUUUGUCUGGGAGCAAACCCAAAUGAUGGCAUUUUGAAUGGAUUUGGAAGUCAUGUAUUCAGACAGCUUCUGGGCCGGGAACAGUUUCAUGGCUUGGGAUCGAUGUACUGCAGAGGAGCAGCCGCCGUCAUCCUGACGUACGACGUGAACAGCCUGCAGAGCCUGGCGGAGCUGGAGGACAGGUUCCUGGCACUGACAGACAGCGCCAGUGCCGACUGCAUCUUCGCUAUCGUUGGCAAUAAAGUGGACCUCAGCGAUGACUGUGCGUCGCCGCCUGAUGAAAACAGACCUGAGAAGGCCGUUGCCGGCUGCAGCUCAAAGGUGCGGAAACAAGUCCGCGUGGAGGAUGCGAUUGCGCUCUACAAGAAGAUACUGAAAUACAAAAUGCUGGAUGAGAAGGAUGUUCCAGCAGCUGAGAAAAUGUGCUUUGAGACCAGUGCGAAAACAGGUUAUAAGGUGGACUACCUCUUCGAAACUGUGUUUGACAUGGUCGUACCAAUAAUCGUACGGCAGAAAGCUGAGGGGCCAUCGCAGACUGUAGACAUUACUGACUACAAACCGGCCAAAAGGACAAAAUCUGGGUGUUGUGCCUGAAAGUGAUGUGGCAAAAAAAGGGGGAGGGACUGCCCACUGUGGCAAACAGAGGAGCGUUUGCAGCACACCAGAGAGGAAAAAGCAAAGAAAAAAUAGACUGUAAUGGCUUACAAUCCCUAAACAAAACAGAAAAAGCACCACGGAGUUUCCUGAGCAUUAAAUGUUUCUGAGAAACUCUGUGUAUGAGAAUGGGAGUGAAAUGAUGGAAGACGUACCCAGUUUCCAAGGGCUUCGAAGGCAACUUCUGUUGGUACAUUUGAUAGUGACAAUCAUUUGAACAGUUUAGAAGAAGUCUUAUUUUUCAAUGACUCGCCACUUCAUGUUACGUGAAAACGAUCUAUUUGUAUAAUCUAUGCAGCUUUCAAAUGGUUAUCAUCUUUUCCCUUGUGAUUCUGACUUUGGAGGAUAGAAUGCACGGUACCUUUUUUAUUCUUAAAAAAAAAAAAAAAAAGAAAAUUCAGGUAUAAUUUAUAUAUGUAGCUAAUAAAGAAAUUACUGUCAGGUCCAGCAUUGUAAGAUUCUGAAGCUGUGCUAUUAAAAUCACUGUGGAUAUGUACUGUUAA